CUAAAUAAUGAUACAAGGAGCUUAGACUGAUUUCAUCCAUGUAUUUUAUUGAUAAUAUAUUGAUUAUAAUAGAUCUUAAAGAAAUAUAAAAAAAGUAAAAGGUAUUCACAAUUAUAAGAAUUACAUAUCGAAUGUAUGAUUGGUAUUCCACUUAAUAUAGGCAUAGUUGAUGGAUUGAAAGGUGAAAACAAAGAAGAACAUUACAAUCAGUUUUUUGAUAUUCUACAAAGUUCUUUGAGUACGAUUGGCUCUUUUAAGUUUUUGAUUCUUUGUCAUAAACUGAUCUAUUAACUCUAAUAAGAAUUCACAAGCAUAUUUAUAUAAAAUAAACUUUUGCCUGGUGAUUAAACAGAUAAGUCAAGAUUGGCUAUUUACUAUUAUAAUUUUUUAUUCAAAAUAUGUGAGAACUUCGAUUACUACAAAGAAGUAAUUGAUUUUAUUGAAACUGGCAAUAUUGUAAAGUUUUUGCAAUAUGAAUUAUUUGUUCAAAUCUAAAUAUUAUAUCCUUUGGCUUAAAUGUUAUAGGAAUUAUCUUAAGUAAUCAUUUCAAUUUAUUAGAUUGUAAAAUUAUUAGAUUACUUACUUUGCAGAGAAUCACCGCUACUCCUUUAACUGGGAACAUGCAUUCUAAAAGACUUUUGCGUUAUUUAUAAUUUUUUAUCUACAGCAAUGUAGGAGUUGUAAAGUAGAAGUUUUUUAAUAAAAGUUUUAGUAUACAUUUUGAAGGUUCCUUUAAAGGAAGCAAAAGUUCUUUAUCAAGUGUAUUAGAUCACAAUUUAAAUGACAAAGUGUAUGAAGAGACUUUCAUAAUUGAAACUCUACUCUAAUUUAAAAUAACCACAUUACUUCAUUAUAACUAUUGAAUUGAAUAAGAAAAUUGAACUUCACAUGUUAAACUCCAUAAAACUCUCUAACAUUGAAAUUAGUAUAUGA